AUGCACGUCAUCUUCUCCAAACUGUCUAUCUUGAUCCUGGCUGCUGUUCAGCUGCCUCGCGCAUUGGCAGCACCUGGCGCCAGUCGACGGUCCACCUGCACAGAGCCAACUAUUCGUGUGGAAUGGAAUGCAUUGACCGAAGAUGAGAAGGCAGCAUACUUCGCGGCGGAACUCUGUCUCCUUAACGCGCCUGCUCAAACCGACAUUCCAUACGUUGUUUCGCGCUACGAUGACUUGGUUGGUACACAUCAGCAGCAAAGUGAUUUAGCGGACGGCAAUGAUUUCUGGCAUGUAACUGGACAGUUCCUACAUGUCCACCGUUAUUACGUCUAUGUCCACGAAACACUCCUCCGUAACGAGUGCGGAUACACCGGUGCUUUGCCGUACUGGAAUGAAGCUGUCGACGCCGGUGCAUUUUCCACCUCUCCCGUGUUACUAGACUUUGGAGGGAAUGGUAAUGAGGAAGAUGACUGGGCCGUCAUUGACGGGCCUUUUGCUAACCUCACACGGCCCUUGAGCGCGACGCCGGGUAUCUCACAUCUUCUUGCACGCGAAGUGGAUGAGACCGCCUCGAUCAGAGUCGGGCAGACAUACGUUGAUGCUCUGCUUGCCCUUGAAACACUUGCGGAUUUCAAAAGUACCAUGGGUGUCGCAGCCACAGAUCUCGGGAUCCAUGUCUCAGGGCAUGCUGGUAUCGGCGGGGAUAUGGCUAACGUUGCAACUUCACCUAACGAUCCAAUGUUCUGGAUGCAUCACGGAUUUGUGGAUUAUCUUUGGUGGAAGUGGCAGGGCGACAACGAGACUCGUAUCAAUGAUUUGAACAACAUCGGGUAUGAGUCGGAGAAAGAACCUGCGACCGGUUAUGUUGAGACCACCGGAGCUACCGUAUUGUAUAUGUUCGACAUUCUUCCUAAUGCAACGGUUGCCGACGUGUUGAGCACGGAAGAUGGUUUCUUGUGCUACACUUAUGCGGCUUGAUUGAAGGGUAAUUAAACUUGAAUCUUUACUUAAAACCUCAC